CACAUCUAUCAAAAGAAGAAAACCUCCUAUUAUCAUCCGUGAUUCGUAGCCCCUGCAGUGAGAAAAGCCUAUCUUUCAUCUUUGUGAAUUACCUUUUUGUAAAACGAUAAUUCAGCUAUGUUGUUUAUGAAAUCUACAUCAUUUGCGAAGGUUUUUCGUCGUUUUUUAAGCAAUAAAAGAAUAACAUUGCCUUCAAGUGAGAAAGUUAUCGUGCUACACUCCCAUCACAAUAAUCCAUAUUUAAAUCUAGCAUAUGAAAAUUGGAUGUACGAAAAUUUAAACCUUGACAGUCAUGAUGUUCUGUAUUUUUGGCAGAACGUACCAUGUGUGGUAAUAGGUAGACACCAGAAUCCUUGGUUGGAGUGUGACCUACAGUAUUUGAGCGAGAAUGGUAUUUCACUGGCAAGAAGACUGAGCGGUGGUGGUACUGUGUUCCAUGAUUUGGGAAAUCUCAAUAUAACGUUUAUGACCAAUAGUUUAAACUAUAACAGGAAAGGGAAUUUAAAAUGUAUUGCCGAAGCGCUUUCCAAACAAUGGAAUAAUUUAGAUAUUUGCCUGUCACCGAGGGAUGACUUAGUGGUGAAAGGAAUUUUCAAGAUUUCAGGCUCAGCUGCUAAACUUGGAAAGUACUCAAGUUAUCAUCAUUGUACAUUAUUGUGUGACGCUAACCUUGAGAUGUUGAACAAAGCAAUUAUGCCCAGAGACAUUGUUUCACACUCUCGAGCAACUGCAAGUGUCAGUUCACAUGUUAAGAAUCUUAAGGAUCUAGAACCAUCAAUAAAUGUUGAUGAUAUCAUAACUAGCAUUGCCCAGACAUAUACCAAUGAUCAUCAAACUCCACACAUACAUUCAAUGGAUAUAUUUGAAGAUGACAUAAGUGAAAUCCAUCAAAUGGAAAAGGAACUUUCAACUUGGGAAUGGAUAUUUGGGAAAACAUCACCAUUUACCAUAACCAAAUCCAUUCCUUUGUCAUCAGGAACUGAUGCCAGAAUUGACUUACUCAUACAAUCUGGACAUGUGAAAAAUGUGUCCAUUCAUCCAAGUACUUUAUUUGAAGAUGAAAUUAAUAAGUACCUGGGAGGGAUAGAAUUUAAGUCAAGCACACUGUCCAAAGCUGUUGGUCUUUGUUUUGACAAAUGCAGGGAAUUUCAGGAUCAUAAGUUAAAAGAUGAUUAUAGGGAAAUCCUAAUGACUAUCUCAAAAAUUAUUUAA